UGCCGUUAUUCCACAAACCAACUAAUCUUCUCUACUCUACUCACCACCACAUACUCUCAUCUCGACAACAAAGAUAAAGGGCUCUCUCCCAGCAACAACACACACACACACUUACAUAUAUAUUCACAUAAGGAAGCAAAUCAAAUUACCGUUAUACGAAAAUGUAUGGCAUGUUAUAUGAGAGUGUUGCCUUUUAUGUCCAAAAGGAAUAUGGCCAGGAGGUGUGGAAGCGAGUCUGCCACAUUGUCGACUGUAAGCACAGUUCAUUUAAGACCCAUCAAAUAUAUCCCGAUAAAUUGAUGCCUGACUUUGCCGCAGCAUUGGCCGCAUGCACAGGCGAAACUUUCGAUUACUUUAUGAACUUCUUUGGCAAAUGUUUUGUGCGUUUCUUUAGUAACUUUGGCUACGAUAAGAUGAUACGUUCGACGGGAAGGUAUUAUUGUGAUUUCUUGCAAUCCAUCGAUAAUAUCCAUUUGCAAAUGCGUUUCACCUAUCCGAAAAUGAAAUCACCCUCGAUGCAGUUGACCCAUAUAGACAAUGAUGGUGCGGUGAUUGUGUAUCGUAGCGGCCGUACGGGUAUGUCCAAAUAUUUGAUGGGCCAAAUGGCGGAGGUGGCUAAGGAAUUCUAUGGCCUGGACAUUAAGGCAUAUGUUUUGGAAUCCCAAAAUGACAUAGCUGGAGGGACGGCAGGGCCGAUCAAAUUAUCGGAUACUCCAUUGACGGUGAUUGUGAAAUAUCGUUUGGACUUUGAUAAUCGUGAUUAUAUGGCCAAGCGUGUCAAUGUAACGGCCCAUCCUUCGCAUUUAAGUUUGCCUCCCAUAAAUAUGAGUGUGUUUUUGGAUUUGUUUCCAUUCACCAUAGUUCUGGACCAUGACAUGUGUAUUACCCAUGCGGGAGAGAAAAUUGUUGAAACCUGGAUAUUACACAAUCCCGGCAAGAAUCCCAAGAGUUUCAUAGGUUCUCAUGUUAUGGACUUGUUCGAAUGUCGCCGUCCCAAGGGCACCAAAAUCGAAUGGGAUACCCUGAUACAAAUGAGAACGGUGUUGUUCGAAUUCGAAUUGCUGCGCACGGGCCGAAACAAGGCAGCCUAUGAUGCGGCCAUGAAAAUGGAUUUUGAAAAUUUCGAUGAAAUGGAAUUCUCCGAGGCCAGUGCCACAAUGAGACGCUCCGAGGAGGAGAAUGAAGAAAAUGAGGAUGAAAUUGAUGAGGCGACGGGAGAGCGCAAAGAGUCACAUUUCUUCAAAUCGAUUUUGAUUAAAGGUCAAAUGUUCUACAUGAAAGAUCUGGAUUCGCUGAUAUUCCUGUGCAGUCCUCUCAUAGAGAAUUUGGAUGAGCUGCAUGGCAUUGGAUUGUAUAUCAACGAUUUAAAUCCCCACGGCCUGAGUCGUGAAUUAGUUAUGGCAGGGUGGCAACACUGUUCCAAAUUGGAAAUAAUGUUCGAAAAAGAAGAAAUGCGUUCCGAUGAAUUGGAAAAAUCCUUGGAUCUGGCCGAUUCCUGGAAGAAACAAGGUGAUGAGUUGCUCUACUCCAUGAUACCCAGACCCAUUGCCGAACGUAUGCGUAAUGGCGAAGAGGCCACCUGCCAAUCCUUUGAUGAGGUUUCAGUUAUUUUCAUCGAAGUUAUGAAUAUCUAUAAUGGAGAUUCGAAUAAGCUGGAAGAUGCCAUGUUGGCUGUCACCACUUUGAAUAAAGUUUUCACAGCCAUUGAUGAGGAAAUCAUAUCUCCCUUUGUGUACAAAGUUGAAACGGUGGGUAUGGUUUAUAUGGCUGUGUCGGGCGCUCCCGAUGUUAAUCCCCUGCAUGCAGAACAUGCCUGUGAUCUUGCUUUAAGGCUUAUCAAAAAGGUAAAGGCUCUACAAAUACCAGAUCUCUCCAUACGCAUUGGCAUAAAUUCGGGACCCGUGGUGGCCGGUGUGGUGGGAUUAAAGGUGCCGCGCUAUUGUCUCUUUGGUGACACUGUCAAUACUGCAUCACGCAUGGAAAGCACCAGCGAACCAUUUAAAAUACAUCUCUCCUUCAAUACAGCCAAGAAAGUGCGUGAGGUGGGUUAUAAAGUUGUCUCACGCGGUCAUGUCAAGGUCAAAGGUAAAGGUGAAAUGGAAACUUUUUGGCUCGUUGAUACCCCCAAAGAGUAAAGAAGAAACAGCCAAUGCAAUGGAAGGGGAAGAUUGUAAGGCGAAGGGAGGGUGGAAAGAAGGAAAGCUGUUUUAUUCUUUUUUUCAUUUUGGAUUAGGACAAAGUUUGUUGAGUAAUUUGUAAUUGUUAUCCAAGUAUGUAUGUAGCAUGUAUGUAUUAUUGAAUAACCAAACCAAAGAAAAAAAUCGUCUAAAGUUUAUUAUACACACAAAACAUCAGAACUUAUUUAAUAAUAAAAGAAAUUAAACCAAUAUUGACAAACAUAUCAUAAAAGU